GCCGCCGCAGGCGGAAGGGUUGCGGCUUUGGUCCCGGUUCUGUGCUCGCCAGGCCGGUGGGAGCCUGCCGGGGCCGGCGGUCGGCACCGUCCUGUGAGCUGAGCUCUGCCGCUGGCUCCUGCUCUGUAUCCCCUGUGUCCCGGCUGCCAGGAGAAAGCUUCCCACACCCAUCCACAAGAAGGGUCGGAUGGAGGAACCUGGGAACUACAGACCUGUCAGCCUGACCUCACGGCCAGGGAAACUGAUGGAGCAGGGCACAAAGGUGACCUCUUCCCUCACCAGCAUGGCCUCACAGAAGGACCCAGACAAGAGCUGGGAGAAGAAGACACACCCAGAGAACAAGAUGGAGCAGGCAAAAUGCAGCCCCAAGGAAGAGGAGGAGGAAGAGAUGGAGGAGAAUGAUGACAAGGUGAAUGAUGAUUAUGAUGAUGAUAAGGAGGAAGAAGAUGAUGAGGAUAAAGAUGACCAGGAUGAGGGUGAGGAUGAUUAUGAGGGUGAAGAAAUGGCAGCCCCCUUUGUGCCACCCCUGGAGCUGAAUCAGUGCCCUGAGUGUGGGCAGAGUUUUCCAGCUGGCUCAGAGCCAGCAAAGCGCCAUUGUUGCCCUCACCCUGGUAUCCGUCCCUUUGUCUGUGGUGACUGUGGCAGGAGCUUCAGCCAGAACACCACCCUUGUCAACCACCGUCGCAUCCACACGUCAGAGAAGUUGUUCCCAUGUGCAGAGUGUGGCAAGACCUUCACUACGAGCUCCAGACUCAUUCAGCACCAACUCAUCCACACUGGUGAAAAACCGUACAACUGUGCCGACUGUGGCAAGAACUUCAACAGCAUCUCUAACCUCAGCCGGCACCGCCGCACCCACACUGGUGAGAAGCCUUUCACCUGCAGUGACUGUGGGAAGAGCUUCAGCCGCGGCUCAACACUCAUCCGCCAUUGCUGCACUCACACUGGGGAGAAACCCUUCACCUGUGCAGACUGUGGCAAGAGUUUCAACCGCAGCUCCCAUGUCACACGUCACCGCCUCAUCCACACUGGAGAAAAGCCUUACGUGUGUGGUGUAUGUGGAAAGAGCUUCAACCAGCGCUCCAUCCUCACUAGCCAUGGCUACACUCACACCAAAGAAAAGCCCUUCACAUGUGCUGAGUGUGGCAAGAGUUUUACCCUGAGCUCUGGUCUCAUCCAGCAUCAACUCGUCCACAGUGGUGGAAAACCAUACAGCUGCGCAGACUGCGGCAAGAGCUUCAAACGCAGCUGCAGUCUCAUUCAGCAUCGCCACAUCCACACUGCUGAGUGAAUGUGACAAGAGCUUCAGCUAGAGGUCUCACCUCAGCAGGCACCGUUGUGCUCAUGCUGGUGACCAUUCCUCACUGGGAGGUGGGCACAAAUAGACCCACCCUGGGUCUGUUGGGGUAAUUGUAAUCCUCCUGAGAGGGCCUUUCCAAUCCUCCUGAGAGAGCCUUUCCAGCAGAUUGAAACAAAAUCACAUCUUUUUCACCUGCAUUUCUCAGAUGCUAGGGGCUCCAGCAAGAACACCUCCUGCCCUUCUGAACCCCAGUUAGUGGUGAUGAAAAUGACAAUGGUGCUGAGUCAACACAGCUGGAGCCCCCACUGGAGCUGGGCCGAGCUUGCCAGGAUUUGUCUGAUUCUUCCCCAAUGCUUUGGGUCUCCUUGGGGUGAGAAAAAAAUCCCUGUCCAUUACCCAGACGUGUCUACAAAAUCCCAAAGUUGCCCAAAUCCUAUAUUGUUUGCUGUUAUUUCAGACAGUCCUGCCCACAGUGCCCAGAUGUUGGGGGCAUUUGUCCCUUAGGAAUGGGACUGGAACCAUAUGCCCAAUUCAGGGCAGUCAAAAUGAGGUUCUCAAAGGAGCCUUGAGGGGGCAUCCUAAAGGAGUUCUUUGUGGGGUAUCAAACAGUCUUAGAUGCUUGAGGGUUUGGAUUGAUUUUGGGGAUCUUUGGAGGGUGCAGGGGGCUUCUGAGAGAGGUCUUUCAAAGCACUUAGCUUCUGUCAGCUUUCCACUAAGGGCCUCUGCUGCUUUUCACCAGGCCUGGAGCUUUCAGAGGGCUUCUCUCUCAGUAGCGUUCUUGACAGAUUCCUGCAGACUUGGGGCUCUCCCCCUGAAGCUUUUCACCCACCCAGAAGUGGGAAGAGGUUUUUUUUUUGUUUUUGUUUUUUUUUUUUUUUUUUAGUUUUUAGGAGCUUUACAAGUUGUAUUUGGUUUGGCUGAGAUGGAGUUAAUCCUCCUCAGUGUGUCUACAAGCUGGAGCUGAUUACACAGCAGUGUUUUGGCUUCUGCUGAACAAGCAUCCAGGCUGUGCUUCCCCAACAAUUCGCCACCCCGGGGGUAUGCUCAGGAGUUGUCAUGGAUUGAAUUGAACCUGCUGCUAUUAUUUGCACCACACCACAGUUAUGCCAGCUUCAAAAACUGAAAGUGCUAACUGCAGCAAAGCAUUAUGGGCCUUGAAUUUCAGAUUGCAACAUGGGAGGGUUUCUGUUAGAGUUGUUGCUUCAAAAUUCUGAUCUCUUGAGUGUGGGUGGCUCUCUGAAGGCACAGCAGCAGAGUGGGUGCCAGUGGGCUAGCCACUGGGUUGGGUUUUCUGGUUUAUGCUGUUUUUUCCCCUCCUGUGUAUUUCAUUGUGCUUUUUUCUGCAAAAAGGUUAAAGUACUCCUGCAUUAUAUUAUUAGAGCAAUUAGAUUAUUAGCCAAGGUAAUUAUACAUUGUGAUUAUGAUAGCUCAUGUUAUAUUAAACUCUAUCUCAGCCCUCAGUUUUGUGUGUUCAUCUUCCCCUCUCUUCUUUGGUAGGUUAGCCAUUGUGCUAACGCAUUAGAGGGGUGGGCAAGCUCUUGGAAGGGGACACAGUCAGACAAGUUGACCCGAACUGGCCAAAGGUGUGCUCCAUGCUGGAUGAUGUCAGUGUUAUUGGAGGGGUUUGUAUAUGGGUUAGAUGUGAAUUACAAUGAGGCCAAUGUAAAAAAUAUUAAAGAGUUUAUUAAAUA